CGGCGGCGGCGGCGGCAGCAGCGGCGGCGCUCGGCGGCCGGAGCCGGAUCCUGUAGCCGGGGUGUGGGCCCGCGUCAGUCCGUCCCUCCUUCGGCCGCCUCUCUUGUCUUCCGGAGUGUGGCUGGCGGAGCCGGGAUGGCGGAGCGAGGCCUGGAGCCCGCGCCGGCCGCGGUGGCGGCGCUGCCGCCCGAAGUGCGGGCGCAGCUGGCGGAGCUGGAGCUGGAGCUCUCGGAGGGGGACAUCACACAGAAGGGAUAUGAAAAGAAAAGGUCAAAACUCUUGUCUCCCUACAUCCCGCAGACACAAGAAGCUGAUCCAGCAGUGCAGAAGGAACAUAGAAACCAGACACCUGCUCCAUCUGCAGCUCAAACUUCCGCUCCUUCUAAGUACCACCGAACUCGAUCUGGGGGAGCCAGGGAUGAGCGAUACCGAUCAGAUAUCCACACAGAAGCAGUUCAAGCCGCACUGGCAAAGCAUAAAGAACAGAAAAUGGCUUUGCCUAUGCCAACCAAAAGGCGGUCCACAUUUGUCCAGUCUCCUGCAGACGCCUGCACACCUCCUGACACGUCUUCGGCCUCUGAGGAUGAGGGCUCUCUGAGACGCCAAGCUGCGCUCUCUGCUGCCUUGCAACAGAGCUUACAGAAUGCUGAGUCCUGGAUCAACCGUUCAAUUCAGGGAUCGUCCACUUCUUCAUCUGCAUCUUCUACGCUGUCCCAUGGAGAGGUCAAAGGAACCAGUGGGUCUCUAGCUGAUGUAUUUGCCAAUACUCGAAUAGAGAAUUUCUCUGCUCCCCCUGACGUCACUACAACUACCUCCUCUUCAUCAUCAUCUUCCUCAAUACGCCCAGCAAAUAUUGAUCUGCCCGCCUCGGGGAUAGUUAAAGGCAUGCACAAAGGGUCCAACAGGUCCAGCCUUAUGGAUACAGCUGAUGGUGUUCCUGUCAAUAGCAGAGUAUCCACAAAAAUCCAGCAGCUUCUCAACACUCUGAAACGACCCAAAAGGCCUCCCUUAAAGGAAUUUUUUGUGGAUGACUCUGAAGAAAUUGUGGAAGGUAUACCUCAGCCAGACCCCAACCAGCCCAAGCCUGAGGGACGGCAGAUGACCCCAGUAAAGGGAGAGCCCUUAGGAGUCAUCUGUAACUGGCCUCCUGCUCUUGAGUCUGCCCUGCAGCGCUGGGGCACGACUCAAGCCAAGUGCCCCUGUCUGACCGCCCUGGACGUGACCGGGAAACCAGUGUACACGCUUACAUAUGGGAAGCUGUGGAGCAGAAGUUUAAAGUUGGCCUAUACACUGCUUAAUAAGCUAGGGACCAAGAAUGAACCUGUAUUAAAACCUGGAGACAGGGUAGCCCUGGUUUACCCCAACAAUGAUCCGGUCAUGUUUAUGGUGGCUUUUUAUGGAUGUCUCCUGGCAGAAGUGAUCCCAGUGCCUAUAGAGGUACCUCUUACCAGAAAGGAUGCUGGAGGGCAGCAGAUUGGCUUCUUGCUAGGAAGCUGUGGUGUUGCCUUAGCUCUUACCAGCGAAGUUUGUCUAAAGGGGCUGCCAAAAACCCAGAAUGGAGAAAUUGUACAGUUUAAAGGUUGGCCUCGGCUCAAAUGGGUUGUAACAGAUUCCAAGUACCUUUCCAAGCCACCUAAGGACUGGCAGCCCCACAUCUCACCUGCUGGGACAGAACCAGCGUACAUCGAGUAUAAAACAAGCAAAGAAGGGAGUGUAAUGGGAGUCACGGUGUCCCGCCUUGCGAUGUUGUCUCACUGCCAAGCUCUAUCCCAGGCCUGCAAUUAUUCUGAAGGGGAAACAGUAGUAAAUGUUUUAGACUUUAAGAAGGAUGCUGGGCUGUGGCAUGGCAUGUUUGCGAAUGUAAUGAAUAAGAUGCAUACAAUUAGCGUACCCUAUUCCGUUAUGAAGACUUGCCCUCUCUCUUGGGUCCAAAGAGUACAUGCCCACAAAGCCAAGGUAGCUUUAGUAAAGUGUCGAGACUUGCACUGGGCUAUGAUGGCACAUCGGGACCAAAGAGAUGUGAGCUUGAGUUCCCUCCGGAUGUUAAUUGUGACUGAUGGAGCUAAUCCCUGGUCUGUGUCAUCCUGUGAUGCCUUCCUGAGCCUGUUCCAAAGCCAUGGAUUGAAGCCUGAGGCCAUCUGUCCAUGUGCUACUUCUGCGGAAGCCAUGACUGUCGCAAUCCGAAGGCCUGGAGUUCCAGGGGCCCCUUUGCCGGGAAGAGCCAUUCUCUCAAUGAACGGAUUGAGCUAUGGGGUCAUACGGGUCAAUACCGAAGAUAAAAAUUCAGCACUGACGGUCCAGGACGUGGGACACGUAAUGCCCGGUGGGAUGAUGUGCAUUGUGAGACCCGAUGGACCUCCCCAACUCUGCAAAACAGAUGAAAUCGGAGAAAUCUGUGUCAGCUCCAGAACAGGAGGCAUGAUGUACUUUGGGCUUGCUGGUGUGACAAAAAAUACAUUUGAGGUGAUUCCAGUGAAUUCCACAGGCUCUCCUGUUGGGGACGUGCCAUUCAUCCGGUCAGGAUUGCUGGGGUUUGUGGGGCCGGGCAGCUUGGUGUUUGUGGUUGGAAAAAUGGAUGGGUUACUGAUGGUUAGUGGUCGCAGACAUAAUGCUGAUGACAUUGUUGCUACUGGAUUGGCUGUUGAAUCAAUAAAGACUGUUUAUAGAGGAAGAAUUGCUGUGUUUUCUGUGUCUGUAUUUUAUGAUGAGCGCAUCGUGGUGGUCGCGGAACAAAGACCUGACGCGUCUGAGGAAGACAGUUUCCAGUGGAUGAGCCGCGUGCUGCAGGCAAUCGAUAGCAUUCAUCAAGUAGGGGUUUAUUGCCUUGCUCUGGUACCUGCCAAUACAUUGCCAAAAACUCCACUAGGAGGGAUUCAUAUAUCUCAGACGAAACAGCUCUUUCUGGAGGGAUCUCUACAUCCUUGCAAUAUUCUCAUGUGCCCGCAUACAUGUGUGACCAAUUUGCCAAAACCCCGGCAAAAGCAACCAGGUGUAGGCCCUGCUUCUGUGAUGGUUGGGAAUCUGGUUGCUGGAAAACGCAUAGCACAAGCUGCAGGCAGGGAUCUCGGGCAAAUCGAAGAGAAUGAUUUGGUGAGGAAGCACCAGUUUCUGGCGGAGAUUUUGCAGUGGCGAGCCCAGGCAACUCCUGACCAUGUACUCUUCAUGCUGUUAAAUGCCAAGGGCACUCCUGUGUGCACAGCCAGCUGCCUGCAGCUGCAUAAGCGAGCAGAGAGGAUUGCGUCUGUUCUUGGUGAUAAGGGACAUCUAAAUGCAGGAGACAACGUGGUGUUGCUCUAUCCACCUGGCAUCGAGUUGAUCGCUGCGUUCUACGGCUGCCUGUAUGCAGGGUGCAUACCUGUGACCGUGCGGCCUCCUCACGCCCAGAACCUAACUGCCACGCUGCCCACGGUCCGCAUGAUUGUGGAUGUCAGCAAAGCAGUCUGCAUUCUCACCACGCAGACCCUAAUGAGGCUAUUGAGAUCCCGAGAGGCGGCGGCAGCUGUGGACGUGAAGACGUGGCCAACCAUCAUUGACACAGAUGAUUUACCCAGGAAAAGGUUACCUCAGCUGUAUAAACCGCCCACUCCUGAGAUGUUGGCUUAUCUUGAUUUCAGUGUCUCCACAACUGGCAUGCUUACAGGAGUGAAGAUGUCCCACUGUGCGGUCAAUGCUCUUUGUAGAGCCAUCAAGCUCCAGUGUGAGUUAUAUUCUUCUCGGCAGAUAGCCAUCUGCCUUGACCCUUACUGUGGACUUGGCUUUGCACUCUGGUGUCUCUGCAGUGUCUAUUCAGGUCACCAGUCCAUCUUAAUUCCUCCUAUGGAGUUAGAAAACAACCUUUUCCUCUGGCUCUCCACUGUCAACCAGUACAAAAUAAGGGAUACUUUCUGCUCCUAUUCGGUGAUGGAGCUCUGCACCAAAGGGCUUGGAAACCAGGUGGAGGUGCUAAAGACCAGGGGAAUCAACCUCUCCUGCAUCCGGACGUGUGUGGUGGUGGCCGAGGAGCGGCCCCGCAUUGCCCUCCAGCUGUCCUUCUCCAAGCUCUUUAAAGACAUCGGUCUGUCCCCUCGGGCGGUCAGCACCACUUUUGGAUCAAGAGUCAAUGUAGCGAUAUGUUUACAGGGAACCUCAGGGCCUGAUCCAACUACUGUGUAUGUAGAUCUGAAAUCACUAAGACAUGACAGGGUUCGACUGGUGGAACGGGGUGCCCCCCAGAGUUUGCUCCUCUCAGAGUCUGGAAAGAUCCUGCCUGGAGUGAAAGUGGUUAUUGUUAAUCCCGAGACCAAAGGACCCGUGGGAGACUCUCACCUUGGAGAGAUUUGGGUGAACAGUCCCCAUACGGCCAGUGGCUAUUACACCAUCUACGAUAGUGAGACUCUUCAAGCUGAUCAUUUCAACACUCGCCUCAGCUUUGGGGAUGCUGCUCAGACGCUCUGGGCUCGGACAGGAUACCUUGGUUUCGUCCGCCGGACUGAGCUCACAGCAGCCACUGGAGAGCGUCACGAUGCGUUGUAUGUGGUGGGAGCCCUGGAUGAAACGCUGGAACUGAGAGGACUGCGAUACCACCCGAUCGAUAUCGAGACCUCAGUGUCUCGGAUCCACAGGAGCAUAGCUGAAUGUGCCGUGUUCACGUGGACCAACUUGCUUGUGGUGGUUGUGGAGCUGUGUGGCUCUGAACAGGAAGCCCUCGAUCUGGUUCCUUUAGUCACAAAUGUGGUCCUGGAAGAGCAUUACCUCAUUGUUGGCGUCGUAGUUGUGGUGGACCCGGGCGUCAUCCCCAUCAACUCUAGAGGAGAGAAGCAGAGGAUGCACCUCCGUGACAGCUUCCUAGCUGACCAGUUAGACCCCAUCUACGUGGCUUAUAACAUGUAACCAGCCUUGUGGGGAUCACAGGGGCCACCCUGAGAAACCGCAAGGACCAAAGACCCGUGACGAGGAGCAAGCUUUCAAAUGAUGGGAAAUAAGCUGAGAUGGCUACAUUAUAUAUUUCAUCUCAUCCUGUGGGAUUCUACAAUCACACGACACACAGGAAAGGGGAAUUCUGUGGUGGCAAAUGAAAAAAAUGUUAACAGUCUGUUAGUCAUGAGCUUUGACAUAGCGUGAGCAGCACGUUACUAAAGCAAUUACAUGCAUGUUACAUUUUUUUCAUCUGUUGUAUAUACUUGUAUUUUUAUCUAAUGCUGUUUUAGAAUUUUGUAAGGGAGUUUAAUGAAUUCACAUAAAGGGGGUGGUCUGAGUUACACAGUUCCCCGCUCUGUACUGUAUUUUGCCAUUUUACCACAGCUAGACAUUCUGCGGGUUUUGUUAACAUGGAACUACUCAGCUUACUUUCAGUCGACCCAUAAGCAAGUCAGAUAACCCACUGAAUAUGAAAAUUACUUUAUAUAUAUAAUUCUUGACUGUAAAACAUUUUGACCAGUGUUUUAAACAUGUAAAUAAGAAUACACAUAAUUCAGCUAAAAAUUUGAAUUGGCUUGUAUAGUUAUAACCACCAAAGUAGAAACAGUUUUACUUUGAGAGAAUUUCAGUAUUCUCUUAAUGCAGUAUAACUGAAUAGGUAACUAAAAAGUGCAAAUUGUUUGCAGGUUUCGCUGCACGUUUUCUGUCUCUGUUGGCUGGUGUAUUUUAUAAACUAAAGCUGCCUAUGUUUGUUUUUAAAGCUUGCAUUCCCGGAAUCAGCUUAAGCUUUUAAGAAUUCAGCGUGUUUCUACAAGCUGGAAAAUCUCAGUUUAAAAAUCAAAGUGUUAUGAAAAAGCUAAGAUUCAUUAGAUCCCACCCUAUUCUAAAGAACCACAAUAACUCACUCUGGCCCCCAGUGUUGAAACUGUCUUUCAAAUUUAGAGUGACUACGUAAGAAUUUAGAAUUUCCUCUUUUUCCAGGCCCACUGUAAACUCUGUCUACAGUUUAUACAUAUAAGCUUCUCUUUUCUGAAAACUGAAGAGUGUCCUCUGUUCUUCCAAUAGAUGAGGGCAGGGAUUUUAAGAAAAAGAAUGACAGGCUGGGAAGGCAGUGGGAUCAACAGUCACAUGAAAGCAUAAGGCCACAUAACUACACAUCUCAAAACUGACCAGAUUGGGUUGCCAAAAUAGCCACGCUUAUGCUGAAAUAGGGGAAGUAUGAUGUAUGCAAGAAACUCUUUUGAAAUAACUGUGGUGCCCAGGCCAAGUGGACUGAGCCUGGGACUGAGUUUGGCCUCCGGCUUGGUUUCCUUUCUUUGGUCUGAUACUUCAUGUAUUUGAAUAUAGUUGAAUUUUAUUAUUUUUUUCUUACAGAAAUAUUUUUAAAAAUUAAAAAAAACUCAAAGUGAACAGAGUUAACUUGUUAAAUCAGAAUGGUUCUCUUUGACCCACUCUGGUCUAUUGUGUAAAUAUUUAUUUAGGCUAUUUUAAUAAUACAUAUUAUUUACCCCACUGUAACAUCAUGUAAACUAAAAUAUGUUUUUAAACAAUUUCUAAGACUUGUAAUUACCCUGAAAAUAAGGUUUAUAAUGCAAAGACCAGACCCUUUGCCAUGGCAGCCCUCUCGGGGGCUGCCCUUACACUGUCUGUGACCCAAAGCCACUUUAUCCCUUUUACAUAAUCCUCUUUUCCCCCCAACUCAUUCUCCGCAAAGGGCGGACCUCAAGACAUUUUCCAGUUCCAGAUCUCUUUUCAACAUUUUGGAUGAAAUUAAUUUACACGUGAUGGGAGAGGUUCUAGGAAGUGCAGAAAAAGCACACUGCCGGGGGGCAAGAAAUCCCAGUGACUAGCACCGGUUUGGUUUGUAGAGAAAACAGCCUGCUUAUUUGAAAAGUAAUUUUCUUAAAACACUUGUUAAUGAUUCACUAAACAAAGCAAGGGAUCCUGAGGAUUAAAUAGUUCUAUCUCCAUAAUCCACAAGUUCUAAAAAAAAUAUAUAGGCAGUUUGUCCUAUGAGUUGCUUUGAUAAUUCUUACUGCCCAAGUUAGAAUGUCUGCUAGAAAUAGAAUGUGAGCCACAUCUGUCAUUUUAAAUUUCUAGUAACCACAUUUUAAAAAGUAAAAAGAAACAGGUGAAAUUGACUUUAAUAUAUUUAACCCAAUAUAUCAAAAAUACUAUCAUUUUGAUAUGGAAUUAAUAUAAGAAACUAUUAAUGAGAUAUUUCACUUGUUUUUUUCCUAUUAAGUCUUUGAAAUCCAGUGUGUAUUAAGCACAUCUCAAUUCAGACUACCCAUGUUUCGGGUUUUCAGUAGCCACAUGUGGCUACUGGCUACAAUAUUGGACAGUGCCGAUCUAUGCUCAUUCCUUCAGAUAAGAUGCUCCGUUAAUCUCAGAGCGCGGCAGCUGCCAGUUACUUAGGGGCUGAUCACCUAGCUUCCUAGUUCCUCAGGCUUCUGAUUUAUCUUUAGUUUUUGCUUUCUGCCUUGUGGCUGUUUAUUGAUCUUUUGCAUAUCCCCCAAAACCAGAAUAUGCUAGUGGAGGAAAGAAAGCUGAGAUGCACCUUUGGGGAACUUCAUCAGUAACACUGGUAAAGUACCCCCUGGAAGAGGAAGAGAGUCCAGUCAUUACCUUAGAGGUGUUUGCGGGUCAUCUGCAGAUUUAACACCUCAUCUGUUGCAGACUUGGAUAAGAAAACUUUCUCUUGAUGACACAACUCUCUUGCUCUUUCCAUGUUAGGUAGAACCUUUGUGGUAGAACUGACUCUUAAGGCAGUCACAGAAGGCCAUUAUUGAUAAAAUCAGCCUUGCCAAUCCUCUGGAACACAUUCUGUUUGGGUUUUUAUGCCUGUGAAAGAGAAAACGAAAUUAACAGCAAGCCUCCAUUUGAGUUAAGAGAAAUCUAUUCAUCUGAAAGUCUUUGAACCUCUUUCUGCCUCUCAGCAGAAGUAACUGAAGUAGAUCAGGAAGGGGCUGCCUCAGGAAAAUUCCUAGGCCCUAGGGAUUCUAUUCUUAGAGCUGCACAAAUGCCAUCUCCUGCAUCAGUGAGACCCAGGCAGUGACCAGCAUGCUAAUGGGCAUCAGUGAAUCCGCAGUCUUUAUUUACUUCCUGCCUCAAAGGGCCCUGGUCCCAUGAGUACCAAGUCCUUUCCUCCUGAAGUUGUGCUGCCUCCGGCUGUUUAGGGACCAUUGCCUGUCUAUUGGUCGUGAGUGUGUCUCCUUAACUUUAGUCCUUGGGCAAUGCUUGCUUAUUGCUUCUGUUGAAUCAACAAAGGGCCUGAGGCCUUAGGUUUUUUGUUAAGGUCUCUGCCCCAAGCAUGGUGCUCAAUAUUCUUGGCCAAAUGAAUUACUUUCCUUGAAUUUCCAGGAAUCUUUUAGACUAAAGCAAUGAGGAGUUAUCACCUCACCCUCAAACUCCAACAUGAUCUAUGCCUUAGUGUUGUUUUUGUUGUCUGCUUUGAUGUAAAAGCAAGCGUGUUUGGAGCCAGAAGCUGCAGUACUCCAAAUACACAACAGGCCUUUCUUUCUCAUUCAUACAACAUUUCUGGUUUAGGUAUAUGUAGAUGGGCCAUGUUAUUUGUCCAGAGGAAGAGAGUGUAAAGAUAUAAGAUUAAUUUUUUAGUUUUAAAUGCUGUUUGUUUACUUUCUGUCAAGAUAUUUACCAGUGUCAAAUUCAAACGAUAGUACUGUGUAAUUAUGUAUAAAGGUUUUUUUUUAUUUAUUUGAAAUUAGACUAGAUAUACAUUUUUAAAUUUAACAUCUGGCUGGACAGUGUUCUAUUAACUCAUUGAAUGUGUUUCCUUUGUCUUGUGUUAAUAAAUAUUGAUGCCUGAUUGU